UUGUUUUAUAUCAUUGUUAUUUUGGAUUUCGACACGUGAAAUUUAGAAUUUUUUUUCUUUUAGAACUAUUAAACUAUGGAUGCAGAUUUACCUUUUGCUGUUGAAUACGCUAAAAGUGGGAGAGCAUCAUGCAAGAAAUGCAAACAAAAUAUCGCGAAAGAUGCUCUACGCAUGGCUAUUAUGGUUCAAUCACAUAUGUAUGAUGGAAAAAUGCCACUAUGGCACCACUGGAAGUGCUUUUUUGAAAAAAAGAAUAAAUUACAGAGUAUUUCAGAAAUUGCAAAUUUUGAUAACCUUCGUUGGGAAGACCAAGAAAAGAUCAAGAAAAAAUUAGCUGGUGGUGGUGAUGUUGACGGUAGUGGUGAUAGUACUGCUGCUGGUAGUAGUACUGGAGGCAGCUCAAAAAAUUCUGAUUUUUCUGUCGAAUAUGCCAAAUCAGGUAAAUCAACAUGUAGAGGUUGUGGUGAAAAAAUUCCAAAGGGUGAAGUACGUAUAUCAGUAUUAGAUGAUAAUCCGGAGCACCAACGUUAUGGGCCUGCUCCUUUAUGGCGUCAUGUUGAUUGUUUUGUUAAAGACAAGCAGCAGUUAGGAUUUAAUGACUCUGCUGACAACUUGCCUGGAUUUAAUUCAUUGAAAGCUGAAGAUCAAAAAAUGGUGAAAGAAAAAGUUGGUUCCAAGGGAAUAAAAAGAAAAUCUGAAGAUGAUACUUCUACUACUGCAACAAAAGUAAAGAAAACUGAUCAGAAAGAAGGGAAAACUUUAAGCAAAGAGGAAAAGAUUUUAAAAGAACAAAAUCGACUACUUUUUGAUAUGAGAGACAAAAUUGCAAAAUCGUUUUCAAAGAAGGAUAUGAUAAGAUUAUUGGAACAUAAUGAACAGCAUAUUUCAGCUGGAGAACAAAGACUUUUAGAUCAUUUGGCUGAUUGUUUGGUAUUUGGAGCUCUUAAAAAGUGUCCAGAAUGCAAAAGUGAUGCUCCUCGUUUCAUGAACAACAAAUAUGUCUGUAAUGGAAAUUUAACUGAAUGGACAAAGUGUCAAUUUGAAACAAAAUAUCCUGAAAGAAAAAAAUUUGAUGUGCCUGAAGACUUUAAAGAUGAUUACCCAUUUUUAAAAGACUAUAAAUGUGUUGUGAAAGAAAGAAAAUUUCCUAAAGUUGAGGAUGCUAAUUCCAGCAAAAAAAAUUUGCCAUUAAGUGACUUUAAAAUCAGUUUGUUUGGAAAAUUUAAAACUCCACAAGAUGUUAUUCAAAAACAACUUGAACAACUAGGUGCUAAAAUACAAAAAAGUGUCAAUGGAUCUGUGAAUUUAUGUAUAAGUACACCAAAUGAACUUCAGUCUGAAUCCUCCAAAAUUGAGAAAGCUCGUUCAUUAGACAUUCACAUUGUCUCUUAUGGUUUUGUUGAUGCUGUGAAGAAAGGAUCACCAGUUGCUCAAUCAAUUAAGGAAAAUUUGUUAUCCACCUGGGGAGAAGAUCCAAUUCUAAAAUUUGGAAUAAAAAAGGAGCAUGGACAAACGAAGUCUGGAGUUGAAAAAGAUCAGCUUACUAAAAGUAUACCUCAAAAAGUGAAAGUUACUGUGAAAGGAGCUGCUGCAGUUGAUCCAGAGAGUGGACUUGAAGAUACUUGCCAUGUUUAUCAAAAGAAAGAUAAUGUGUAUAAUGUAGUUUUAGCUUAUGUUGAUAUGUCUAAAGGAACAAAUUCAUUUUAUAAACUUCAAAUCUUGGAAUCCAAUAAAGGGUCAAAGUAUUAUGUCUUCAGGCAGUGGGGAAGAGUUGGUACAACAAUAGGAGGCAAAAAAGUAGAAAAAUUUUCUAGUUCUGAAGAAGCAAUAUUUUCAUUUGAAGCAUUAUACCUUGAAAAGACUGGUAAUGAGUGGUGGGAUCGUAAAAACUUUGUUAAGAAGCCUGGAUGCAUGUAUCCAUUAGAUAUAGAUUAUGGGCAGGAAUGUGAGCAGAUUAAACAAGAAUUGAAACCUGGGGAAAACUCCAAGUUGCCUAAACCUGUUCAAGAAUUAAUUUGUUUAAUCUUUGAUAUUGAAGCAAUGAAAAAGGCUAUGGUUGAAUUUGAGAUUGAUUUAAAGAAAAUGCCCCUAGGAAAACUUUCUAAGAAGCAAAUGGAAAUGGCAUAUAAAGUUCUUGGAGAGGCUCAGCAAAUUCUUGUGACUGGAGCAAACAAUGCUAAAAUUACAGAUGCGUCAAAUCGAUUUUUUACAUUAAUACCUCAUGAUUUUGGGAUGAAAAAGCCACCUCUUCUUGACAAUGAAGAAAUUAUAAAAUCAAAAAUUGAAAUGUUGGACUCUCUCAUGGAGAUCGAAUUUGCUUACAACUUGCUCAAAGAAGAACAUAAUGAAUCCAAAGAUCCUGUUGAUGAGCAUUAUGAGAAAUUGAAAACUGAUAUUGAGCCUUUGCCUAAGGAUAGUAAAGAAUUUGACUUAGUUCAAACAUAUAUGAAAAACACACAUGCUCAAACUCAUGACAACUAUAAAUUGAAAAUUCAAGAAGUGUUUAAAAUCAAUAGGCAUGGUGAAAAGGAUAAGUAUAAGAAAUUUAAAGAUCUGCAUAAUAAGAAACUUUUGUGGCAUGGUUCGAGACUUACCAAUUAUGUGGGAAUUUUAUCACAAGGUCUUCGCAUUGCUCCCCCUGAAGCUCCAGUUACUGGUUACAUGUUUGGAAAAGGUGUCUACUUUGCUGAUAUGGUAUCCAAAAGUGCUAAUUACUGCUUUACUAGUAAGAAAAAUAAUACUGGCCUUUUGCUGUUGUGUGAGGUAGCUCUUGGAGACAUGUAUGAAAGAACCAAAGCAGAGUUUGUUGAAAAAUUGCCAAGCAAGAAGCACAGUACAUUAGGUAUGGGUAUGACAGUGCCUGAUCCAAAUGAGAAAACUUAUAUUGGAGAUGUAGAAAUACCAUACGGCAAACCCACCCAAAGGACAAAUAUUUCACGUAGUGAUCUUCUAUACAAUGAAUAUAUUGUGUAUGAUACUAAUCAAAUAAAUAUCAAAUACUUGUUGAAAGUGGAAUUCAAGUAUGUGCGAUAAUAGGUUCCUACAUCACACCAUAAUUUUGGACUUAAAAACUCUGCAGCUAGCUACGUGUACCUUUCUUUUUUAUUGUAACAAGGGCAUUUUGCUAUCUCCAGCUAUUUCACAGCUAGAAAUUGUUUUAUUGAUUUUACAUUGCAGUUUAUGUUUCAUAUAUUAAUAAAAUAAAAUGUGUAAA